GUGGGACAGCAUGUGUGGUGACUGGCCAGCCCUUUGACACUGCAAAGGUGAAGAUGCAGACGUUCCCCGACAUGUACAAAGGAAUCGUUGACUGUUUUGUGAAGACUUAUAAGCAAGUGGGGUUUCGGGGCUUCUACAAGGGAACCACACCAGCGCUUGUAGCCAACAUCGCCGAGAACUCCGUGCUGUUCAUGUGCUAUGGAUUUUGCCAACAAAUUGUGAGAAGGAUUGUUGGAGUAGACAGGAAAACAAAACUCAGUGAUCUGCAAAAUGCUGCUGCAGGCUCCUUCGCCUCUGCCUUUGCCACCCUUGUCCUCUGCCCAACAGAGCUGGUGAAGUGCCGGCUGCAGGCCAUGCACGAAAUGCAGUUGUCAGGAAAGAUAAUCCAGGGACACAAUACAGUUUGGUCAGUAGUGAAGGGUGUUAUUCAGAAGGAUGGUCCCCUUGGAUUUUACCGUGGCCUGUCAAGCACUUUGCUGCGAGAAGUCCCAGGCUAUUUCUUUUUCUUUGGAGGAUAUGAACUGAGCCGAACGUUCUUUGCCUCUGGGAGAUCGAAAGAUGAAUUAGGUCCCAUUCCUUUGCUACUAAGCGGAGGUUUUGGAGGCAGCUGUCUGUGGAUUGCUGUGUAUCCUGUGGACUGUGUCAAAUCUAGAAUUCAGGUUCUUUCAAUGGCUGGAAAACAGGCAGGCUUUAUGGGAACAUUUGUAACUGUUGUGAGAACUGAAGGUGUGCUUGCUUUGUAUUCUGGACUAAAGCCAACUAUGAUCCGUGCAUUCCUGGCCAAUGGGGCACUGUUCCUUGCCUAUGAGUACAGCCGGAAGCUUAUGAUGAAACAGAUGGAUUCUUACUGA